GUACCUUAUGAUGAGAUUGCUUUCUUAAUGGGUAGAGUUUUUCUUCAUAACACUGAGAAUUCUUUCAAGUAUGUGUUCUGAAGUCACAGUAUUUGCCCUUUAUGCAUAUUUUUGAAAAACAUUGCUCAGAUUAUGUCUUACCAGGCUUACAAGGAUAAGGGGUUAAUCCCUAUGUUUCAGACAAAUGUGAACACAGUAGCUCCUUUAACAUUGGUGAAGACUGGAAUGUACCUCAGAGGGUCUCCCUGACUUCCACCAUGGGGCUCCAGAUCUCCAGAAUUCAUUCAGUCACUCAUUUCUACCUUAGAGCUAAGUUGCACUUGAGCACCAGGUCACCUGCCACCAGGACCUCAGGCUGUUUGGAAAACAAUAUUGAAUGUUCUUAUGAGUAUUGAAUUGCAGCCUCUCUCCAUAUCACAUUCCAGGGUGCUCAGAGGAAAUGCUCCUGGUGUCUGCUCCAAAUCUUUGGUCCUUUAAAGUCUUUGUGUCUUAUCACCCUUAGUGAAAAGAGAAAACGAGGUGGUCAACGCAAUUCAGAAAAUGUCCCUAAGUUUUCAAAGCACGACUGGGUUGGAGGAGAAGACAAAAAUGAAAUAAAGCUGUUUGACCUAACGCAGAGCACUUGGCUCGAAAGUCAAAGAAGCUGGGGAAGUUAAAAGGCCUUCACGAGGAGCAGCCGCAACAGCAUCCCCCGCCACCACCGCCACAGAGCCCGGAAGAGGGGACCACAUACAUCGCUCCUAGCAAGGAGCCAUCCGUGAACUCCGCUCUGGUCCCGCAGCUCUCCUCCAUCACGCGUGCUCUCACGCCAUCCCCGGCCAUGAUCCUGGAGAACAUUGAGCCGGAGACCGUGUACGCCGGCUACGACAACUCCAAGCCUGACACUGCAGAGAACCUGCUCUCCACGCUCAACCGCCUGGCGGGCAAACAGAUGAUCCAGGUCGUGAAGUGGGCCAAGAUACUUCCAGGAUUUAAAAACUUGCCUCUUGAGGACCAAAUUACCCUCAUCCAGUAUUCUUGGAUGUGUCUAUCAUCGUUUGCCUUGAGUUGGAGAUCGUACAAACAUACGAACAGCCAGUUUCUCUAUUUUGCACCAGACCUAGUCUUUAAUGAGUAAGUACCUAUUAAUUAGCCCUCAUGAAACAAACUGCAGAAUUAUUUGUUAUGCUGUUGUUUAAAAUAAUCUCUAAGCCAGAUGUACAAGUGUGAAAGAAUCUACUAAAACAAGCAUUUUCAAAGGUUUAAAAAAACAUUGAAUUUUGAAAAACUUAAAAAUCACCCUUUACAAUGGUAUAACAUACACAUGUCUAAGUCUAAGUAUCAAUAAAUCAGUAUAUGUAACUGUUACAUCAUGUAUGUGGGAAUCAUCCCAAAAGAACGAGGAUCCAGUUGGCUCCGA